UAUGUGUAUAAAUAGGUAGUGAUGAGAGUGUGAGGCCAUGCAUUGAUAUCCAUAAACAUUUGCGAGGUAGAGAAAGAUGGCAGGUUUCUCUGGGCACUGGGCUUUUGCGUUCGGACUACUUGGUAACAUUGUCUCGUUCAUGGUGUUUCUUUCUCCAAUACCCACUUUCUAUCAAAUCUACAAGAAGAAGACAAGUGAAGGAUUUCAGUCAGUUCCAUAUGUGGUUGCUCUCUUCAGUGCGAUGCUGUGGAUAUAUUAUGCAUUUCUCAAGUCCAAUACCACUCUUAUCAUUACCAUCAAUUCAGUCGGUUGUUUCAUCCAGACUAUUUACAUCUGCUUCUAUCUUUUCUACGCACCAAAGAAACAAAGGGUACAAACUCUUAAGCUACUGUUUCUGCUUAUAGUUUGUGGGUUCGGAUUCAUCCUAGUUUCCACACAUUUCCUAGUUAAAGCUUCACUACAAGCAAAUGUAGUAGGAUGGAUAUGUCUGGUAUUUUCCUUGUGUGUCUUCAUUGCCCCAUUAUGCAUUGUGGUAAGCAUAUGUUUAU